AUGGUCUCCCAAAGAGACCGCGAGAUCCUCCGUGACGAGAUCCACUCUCGCGGAGCCAAACUCUCUGCCACCGAUCGAGAGACCUUGCUGAAGCCAUAUUUGCCCGAUCCCUCCGAUCUGUCCAGUUCCAAACGAUCGCCCACGUCGCAGCGACGGCCGAAGACACGAAAGACGCCCAUCCGCACAUUCCUCAAAUCGCAGUUGCACCACCUCACAUACGCGCUCACUCAUAUCAUUUUCGGGGUAAUCGUGCGCUUGCUGCAGGCCUACCAUGCCGUGGUUGAGCGCGUCUUCGCUAUCGUUUACCACCACCACCGCACGCCCGAGCUGAUCCGCAAGGAUGUCCGAGGCCUCAAACGAGUGCCACAGCAUUUGAGUAUCAUUUUGAAUUUGCGGACCGAGGAUGACGCCCUAACGGUGUUGAUGGACGAGGUGGCUGAAUUGGCCGCCUGGAGUGCUUGCGCGGGGAUCCCGCAGCUCAGUGUGUAUGAGAAAACUGGGGUCCUCAAAUCCUGUAUUCCCGCCCUACACCAGAUCAUCACCACCAAGCUUGCUUCCUACUAUGGCUCUCCUUCUCAACAACCGAGCUUGCAGCUCUUUGCACCCCACCAUCCCGUCCAUGGCACCGCACCAGACCCUCAGUUCGAUAGCCCCUCCCUCACACUUCUUCUCUUGUCGUCUACGGACGGCCGUGAGACUCUUGUCGACCUGACCAAAACCUUGACCGAGAUGUCACAGAACGGCAAGCUGUCCCCUGCGGACAUCACCCCAGAACUUGUGGACGCGGAGGUCAGCGAGAUUACCUCCCAGCCUCUGCAAUCUGAUUCGGGGUCUGGGUAUUGUACGAUCGGACCGGAACCGGAUCUUCUAUUGGUGUUUGGUCCCUUCCUGAAGCUCGACGGGUAUCCUCCCUGGCAGCUUCGUCUAACAGAAAUGUACUGCACCGGGGACCGUAGCCAUGCGCUGACCGGGUACGGAGAGGCUGUAGAGUACCAGGGGUUCAUGCGAGGGCUGUGGCACUAUGCCGGGGCUCAGAUGCGCUUUGGGCGCUGA